ACCAUAACGGAUAACAGAGAGAAGAUAAUGAACAACGCGCACAAGCAUGGCGCUUCGUUCUUCACUCUCAGUUCUCUCUGCAAAUUCAAUUCCCAACUUUACUUUCUCUUACUUCAACCCUAAAUCUGUAUCAGUUCCUGCACCUCUCAAAUUGCAUGAAGCUUUGAGAACUCGAAGCAGCUCGUCGACGAGGCUGAAUGCUGCGGGUUUCGCUGAGAUCGAGCCCGAUCUCAAUGAAGAACCCGUAGAUCGUUGGGAAACUAAUAGCAUUAGCUCUGAAGAUUUCAAGUACGGAGAGUAUGAUGGGCACCAUACUUAUUUUGAAGGAGAAAAGAAAGGAACAUUUUGGGGUUUACUUGCUGAAGAGAUAGCAGCAGCAGAACCACCAACAGGAUUUCAAGGGCUUAUUUCAUGGCUUUAUCCUCCAGCCAUUGCUGCUGGGAUUUUCUUCCAUGUUCCGGGGGAGUACUUAUACAUCGCAACAGGUUUAUUCAUAACAAUAUUUUGCAUUAUUGAGAUGGAUAAACCUGAUAAACCCCACCACUUUGAACCCGAGAUAUACAAUAUGGAAAGGGGAGCUCGAGACAAGUUGAUAAAUGACUAUAAUACCAUGGACAUAUGGGACUUCAAUGAGAAAUAUGGGGACCUGUGGGACUUUACUGUCAAGAAGGAUGAUAUAAUGUCAAGAUAAAUGUUUAAAGCUGAUUAUUCAUAAGUAUAUUAUUAAGUGUCAAAGCCAUCUUUGAAUUUGUUUAGUUUUUUUUUUCACUCCUCUUUUCCCAUGAGUCUGUUACUGUACUUUUGACUAGGGGUUUUCCGUUCCUGCCUUGUUUUCUGUCUGUAUAGUUUUUUGUUUUGUUGUAUUAUUAAUUCUUUACACUUUAGUACCCAGAAAACCCAGUCAAAAUAUGCUAAAUUCCCAAGUGUCAAAGUUAAUAUGGACUCCUCUUUUUUGGCCCUCAAAAUCAAUGUAGACUUGUAUAUGCAAGUAAUGGAAACUCUUUUAGCUUUUUAAUA